UGUACUGUGCAUUUUGAGUCUUGGAGUUCAGAAGACAGCUGCUUCUGUUUGACUGUGGUCCAUCAUGAGGAGAGGAGUGGUGCAACUCUCCCUUUUUGGGGUUCUGGUGACUCUAGCUGCUGCACAACCAAAGAAGGACGACUGGGACAUUUACAGCUUUCACAUCAACUCCACUGUGACCGGCCGAUACGCCACCACCGUUAUGACAAGCCGCGUUGUGAAUCGCAUGACUGAAUCGAAAGAAGUUGAAUUCCAUGUUCAGAUUCCCAAAAAUGCCUUCAUCAGUAAAUUCACGAUGCUUAUUGAUGGUCAAAUGUAUGAUGGAGUUGUAAAAACUAAGGAGCAGGCUCAGCAACAGUACACUCAGGCUGUGUCUCGUGGUCAGAGUGCUGGGAUUGUCAGCUCUGUAGGGAGAACCAUGGAGGAAUUUAAGACCUCUGUAACUUUGGCGGCCCACAAAAAGGUCACCUUUGAGCUCACUUACGAGGAGCUGCUGAAGCGAACCCAUGGCAAAUACGAGCUGCAGAUCCACGCUCGCCCCAUGCAGCCUGUCAAAGACUUCAAGGUUGAUGUGCACAUUCACGAGAAAGCCGGCAUCAGUUUCAUUGAUGUGAAAGGAGGACUGAGCACCAAUGUCUUGGCUAAUGCUAUCACUAAAACACGUACAGAUGAACAGGCAUGGGUGCAUUUUUAUCCUACGGUGGACCAACAGACAACUUGUGACAGCUGUGGAGAGCGGGGUCUGAAUGGAGAUCUGAUUGUUGUUUAUGACGUAAAUCGAGGCAACAGAUUGGGCGACAUCAAGACUUUGGACGGAUACUUUGUCCAUCACUUUGCUCCAUCAGACCUUCCCCGAAUACCAAAGAACGUCGUCUUUGUUAUAGAUCGAAGUGGCUCAAUGAACGGCAGAAAAAUGCAACAGACCAGAACUGCUUUAAUCCAUAUAUUGAACGACCUGGCAGAAGACGACUUCUUUGGUCUUCUCAGUUUUGACAGCGAAAUAUCUCACUGGAGAAGAGAACUCGUUCAGGCCGUCAGUGCAAAUUUAAAGGGUGCCAAGCAAUUUGCACGUGGUAUCACCGACAGAGGAACCACAGACAUCAACGCAGCAGUGCUGGAAGGGGCUCGCAUGCUGAAUGCACAUCCUAGAGAAGGCUCAGCUUCCAUCCUAAUACUUCUCACAGAUGGAGACCCAACAUCAGGAGUGACAAAUCACGAAGCAAUACAAUCAAAUGUAAGACAGGCCAUCGCAGGAAAGUUUCCUCUCUACUGCCUUGGUUUUGGAUUUGAUGUCAAUUUUGAGUUCUUGGAGAAAAUGUCUUUGGGGAACAAUGGUGUAGCAAGAAGGAUCUAUGAAGACUCUGACGCUGAUUUGCAGCUCAAGGGCUUUUAUGAAGAAGUGGCCACUCCUCUCCUAACAGACGUCACAAUGAUCUACGUCGGUGGAACCAAUCUGACCCAGACUAAUUUCAGUCAGUACUAUAACGGCUCUGAGAUCGUGGUGGCUGGUGAGAUCAUCGACAACAACGUAGAAAACUUUGUGCCAGAAGUUAUUGCAAUUUCAAGUAAACAAAAAGUGACAUUUUCUAACACAAACAACUCUGUGGAUUCUUCUGCUGGAAUUGCCGAUGGACUUCUUCAAAGGGUUUGGGCUUAUCUUACUGUGAAACAACUUCUGGAGAAAGAGCUGCUGGUAUCUGGACCUGAGAAAGAGAAAGUGAAGAGCAACGCCUUGGAGCUGUCCCUGAAGUACAGCUUUGUGACCCCACUCACUUCCAUGGUGGUCACCAAGCCACAGGGGGAGGACAUGGAUGUCCUCCACAAACCCAAAGAGGGUGACGGACCCCGGUUCGACAGUUACGCCACACCAGCCAACAGACGUGUUAUGCUCGUUCGACGUCCUGGUCAACAUGGACGCGUUGGGCUCCCUGGACAUCCUGGUUCAUACGGACACUUACGACCUCGUAAUUCUCCUCCUUCACAUGACGACAGAGAGAUUAGAAGGUGGUCCUCGCGUUCAAUUGAUUUAUCGGCUGAUUACGAUGACUCAAAUAUUUACGCCACUAAUGUUGCGAUGGCUCAGCCGACGGAAACGGAGAUGACAACAACACCUGCUCCUGUUUCUCACAGAUUUUUGCGGAAAGCUGAAAAUCAGCCUCUUCCACUUUGCUUUGAUGUCAGUGAAGCUGCCAUUUUCAAACUGCUUCACCAUCCAAGCAAGGAGCUGUUUGUAAAUGGCAAGCUGGAUUCGCUAACAAACGGAGGCUUCACUAAGAUCGUUAUUCACUUCAGCGCUGACCAGCACAUUGAGGUUGAUCCAGAGGGAAUCAGACUUCAUCAGGGACAGACCACGACGCUGUACACUGGACAGGAUCUCAUCACAGCUGGACGUCUUACAGUGAUCUUGCGUGUCAAAGAAAUAGAUGUUGCGGUUGAGGACGUGCGUUUGGUUAUCUUCAUUCACGAGAAGGAUGGGAACAAAUUCCUCUGGCCUGUUUUGCGGCAGACGCCAUCUGCCGACGACACUGAAGGACUUUUAGCUUUAAAACCAGCAGACUAUCAGGUGCGUCUGCAACAAUCUGAUGGGAAACUGAAGCUCAAAGACAGAGAGGCUCCUGCUGUCAGAUCCUCUGCAACUGACUACAGCAUUGCCAAUCCUGUGCCAAUGAACUGUUGGCUGGUGGGAGCUGACUUUGCCCUGGAGAGGACUUUGAAUGAUUACUUUGUUGCUCAACUUUAACUGGAAGCUAUAAUGAAUAACCAAAUGCACAUUUAAAACAACAUUACCAGCAUUCAAAUGCCUAUUUGUCAGCAUCAGUGAAAAAAUUAUACCUUUCUAAAGUAUGUUUAAAGAAAUUUAAACAGAAAUAAAAAACGUUUGUACCAUUAAAGGAGGUGAAAGGAGCAAAAAUGAAACCCAUUAAUGUUCAAUAACCUUAUCAAACACUGUUUUAAUGCAUAUAGAUCCUGGAAGACUUUUGUUGUUAUUGAUUGCUGUUUGUUUAAUUCCUUUGUUCAGAAUUCCUUUAUCUGAAUAAAGGAAUUCAGAUAUUUUAUAUUUUUGAGAUCAUAUAAGGUGAUCUCAAAAAUAUUAAAGGUGACCCCUCAGAUCUUCUGGU